AUGAGUUUUUGUUUGAUUAACACUAUACGAUCGUCCUUUAAAUAUAACUCACCUACAUAUUCUACAGUUAAAAAAAUGUCCAAUUAUAAAAUUCUCGAAUCUGAUUUCUUAAAACCUGAUCUCGAUGACAGAUCAUAUAGAUACAUUCAAUUGCCAAAUAACUUAAAAGCAUUACUAAUACAUGAUUCGACCACAGAUAAAGCUGCCGCCGCCUUAGAUGUUCACAUUGGUGCAUUCGAAGAUCCAGAAAAUCUGCCUGGUCUGGCUCAUUUCUGUGAACAUUUAUUAUUUAUGGGUUCUAAAAAAUUCCCUGAUGAAAAUGAAUAUUCCAGUUAUUUAAGUAAACAUGGAGGUUCUUCAAAUGCAUAUACUGGUGCCCAAAAUACCAAUUAUUACUUUGAAAUCAAUCAUCAACAUCUACAUGGUGCUUUGGAUAGAUUCUCUGGAUUUUUUACUGGUCCCUUAUUCAAUAAGAAUUCAACCGAUAAAGAAAUUAACGCUGUUGACUCAGAGAAUAAGAAAAACUUGCAAAAUGAUUUAUGGAGAUUAUAUCAAUUAGAUAAAUCUUUGACUAACAUCAAACAUCCUUAUCACAAAUUCUCUACAGGUAAUUUAGUCACUUUAGGCGAUAACCCCAAAAAUCUAGGAUUAAACAUUAGAGACGAAUUAUUAAAAUUUUAUAACAAGUCAUAUUCUGCAAACUUAAUGAAACUUUGUAUCUUAGGUAGAGAAGAUUUAGAUACUUUAUCUAAUUGGGCUUAUACAUUAUUUAAAGACGUCAAGACCACUGACCGUGAUUUGCCAGAAUACAAUGAACCAAUACUAAAACCCUCCUAUCUUCAAAAGAUUAUUCAGGUUAAGCCUGUUAAAGAAUUAAGGAAAUUAGAGAUUACAUUUGUAGUGCCUGAUUGCGACCAACAUUGGAAAUCACAACCACCUCAUAUCUUAUCUCAUUUAAUUGGCCAUGAGGGUUCUGGUUCCUUAUUGGCACAUUUGAAAGAAUUGGGCUAUGCUAACGAAUUAUCUGCUGGUGGACACACUGUAUCUAAAGAUAAUGCGUUUUUUUCAAUUGAUAUUGAUCUAACUAAGGCUGGAUUGGAGAACUAUACUAAGGUGAUAUAUAAUGUUUUCCAGUACAUUGAAAUGUUAAAAGAAGAAUUACCAAAGGAUUGGGUAUUUAACGAAUUACAAGAAAUCUCAAAUGCCUGUUUCAAAUUUAAACAAAAGGGAAACCCUUCUAAUACAGUAUCAACUUUGGCUAAAGCUUUAGAGAAGGAAUAUAUCCCAGUGAAUAGAAUCUUAAGUACCAAUUUAUUAAUUGAAAAUGAACCUGAUCUAGUUGUCAAUUAUGUUAAUUCCAUGACUUUGGAAAACUCCAGAAUUACCUUAAUAUCAAAGGAUCUUGAGACUGAUUCUAAAGAAAAAUGGUAUGGCACAGAUUACAAAAUCGUUGAUUACCCUGAUGCAUUAGUGAAAAAAAUCAAAAAUGUUGGAUUAAAUGACAAUUUGAAAUUACCACGUCAAAAUGAAUUCAUAGCUACAAACUUUGAGGUUGAUAAGAAUAAAGAUCCAGCAUUACCAAAAGAACCUCUAGAAGAACCCUUAUUAGUCAAAGAUAACAAUUUUGGCAAAAUCUGGUACAAAAAGGAUGAUAGAUUUUGGCAACCAAGAGGUUACAUCUACAUAUCUUUAAAAUUACCUAACACACAGUCAUGCCUUUUGAAUAGUAUGCUUGCCACUUUAUAUGUCCAAUUGGUCAAUGAUUCAUUAAAAGAUUUACAAUAUGAUGCAUCUUGUGCCAAUUCGCAUGUCUCAUUUUCAAAAACUAAUCAAGGUUUAGAUUUAACAAUUUAUGGGUUCAAUGAUAAAUUAUACGUAAUAUUACAAGAAUUCUUAUAUGGUAUUAAACAUUUCACACCAAAGGAAAUCCGCUUUGAUAUUUUCAAAGACAAAACGAUACAGAAUCUUCAAAAUCUGAUGUAUGAAGUUCCGUAUUCUCAAAUAUCCCCAUUUUAUAAUGCAAUAAUCAAUGAAAAGUCAUGGACUAUUGAAGACAAACUAAAUGUAGUUAAAAAUUUGACUUUUGAGCAAUUAACUAAAUUCAUUCCAAAUAUGUUUGAAGAAGUAUACUCUGAAAUUUUGGUGCAUGGUAACUUCAAAUAUAAUGAAGUUAAAGAUGUUGAAAACAUUGCUACAUCGAUAUUCAAGGGAAAACAGUCCUUAGAUACACAAGGUCAAAACAGAAGAUUAAGAUCAUAUCUAAUACCUAAGGGAUCAACAUUCAGGUAUGAAACUUUACUAAAAGACAAGAAAAAUGUUAAUUCUUGUAUUCAACAUGUUGUUCAGGUUGAUGUUUACACUGAAGAGUUAUCUGCAAAGAGUGGGUUAUUUGCACAAAUGCUUCAUGAACCAUGUUUUGAUACAUUGAGAACAAAAGAGCAGUUAGGUUAUGUAGUUUUCAGUUCAAGUCUAAAUAACCAUGGUACUUCCAACAUUCGUAUCUUAGUUCAAUCAGAACAUACAACCCCAUAUCUGGAAUGGAGAAUUGACAACUUCUACCAACAAUUUGGCAAAACCUUGAAAGCAAUGAGUGAAACUGAUUUUAAUAAACAUAAAGAUGCUCUAUGUAAAAGUCUUUUACAGAAAUACAAAAAUAUGAAUGAAGAAAGUUCACGUUAUGCAGCUGCUAUAUAUUUGGGUGAUUACAACUUUACUCAUCGUCAAAGAAAAGCUGCAUUAGUAGCCAAGUUGACUAAAGAAGAAAUGAUCGAAUUCUUCAACACCUAUAUUAUCGGACCAGAUGCUGCCAAAAUAGUUGUUCAUUUACAAUCUCAGAUACAAGCAAAGGACAUCGACGAAGGUGAAUUAAACACCUCUAGAUAUCCUUCUGGUAAAUUAAUUGAAAACAUUGGCGAAUUUAAAUCUGGAUUAUGCACUGCACCAAUCCGUCAACCGGUUAAAAAUUUCCGUCUCUACGAGGGACAAGACUCUGUGUAA